GAACUUGAGCUCCCGAUGCUGAAAGUGGCAGCAACAGAGAUGGUGUCUGGAGUGUCAGGGGAAUCUGAGCAGAAACUGAGAGAAUUGUUUGAGCAGGCUGUGUCCAGUGCACCGUGUGUCCUUUUCAUAGACGAGAUUGAUGCCAUCACCCCGAAAAGAGAAGUUGCAUCAAAGGACAUGGAGAGGAGAAUUGUGGCUCAGUUCCUAACUUGUAUGGAUGACUUGAAUAACGUGCCUGCCACUACUCAGGUCCUUGUUAUUGGAGCAACUAACAGACCUGACUCACUGGACCCUGCACUGAGGCGAGCUGGGAGAUUUGAUCGAGAAAUUUGUUUAGGGAUCCCAGAUGAAGCAGCAAGAGAAAAAAUUCUUCGGACUUUGUGUCGAAAACUUAAGCUCCCAGAGUGCUUUGAAUUUCAUCAUUUAGCACGGCUGACUCCGGGUUAUGUAGGUGCUGACCUGAUGGCACUUUGUCGUGAGGCAGCUAUGUGCACAGUGAACAGGGUCCUGAUAAAAUCUGAGCAGCAGAAAAGGAAACACAUACACACUGGAGGAAGUGCAGCUGAAGAAAGCAUGGGAAUAGGAACAGACAUCCUGGUGGAAGAGGAUUCCAAACAACUAGAACUUCCUCCUAAGGAUGAUUUGCAGAGACUUUUGGAUUUGCUGAAGAAGCAAGACCCCUUGCCUGAGGAGCAGCUGCAGAAGCUGUGCAUUGAGAUGAAUGAUUUUAUUGUUGCACUGUCAUCAGUGCAACCCUCUGCCAAGAGAGAAGGCUUUGUCACAAUUCCUGAUGUAACGUGGGCAGAUAUCGGAGCCCUGGAGGAUGUUCGGGAGGAGCUGACCAUGGCAAUAUUGGCACCUGUGCGAAACCCAGAGCAGUUUAAAGCCCUAGGCCUGACUACUCCAGCUGGCGUCCUGCUUGCAGGGCCUCCUGGGUGUGGCAAAACCCUGCUAGCUAAGGCUGUGGCGAAUGAGUCUGGACUGAACUUCAUAUCUGUGAAAGGUCCUGAACUGCUAAAUAUGUAUGUUGGUGAAAGUGAACGUGCUGUACGUCAGGUAUUCCAGCGUGCCAGGAAUUCAGCCCCUUGCGUUAUAUUUUUUGAUGAAGUUGAUGCUUUGUGCCCGCGGAGAUCUGACCGUGAAUCAGGAGCCAGUGUCCGAGUAGUUAACCAGUUACUCACAGAGAUGGAUGGUCUGGAGAAUCGUCAGCAGGUUUUCAUUAUGGCUGCCACAAACAGGCCAGAUAUAAUUGACCCAGCUAUCCUGCGUCCUGGUAGACUGGAUAAAACACUCUAUGUGGGUUUGCCACCACCUGAAGACCGACUUGCUAUUUUAAAGACCAUCACCAAAGAUGGUACCCGGCCUCCACUAGAUAUUGAUGUAAGCCUUGAAGAAAUUGCUUACAGUCAACAUUGUGAUUGUUAUACAGGAGCAGACCUUUCCGCUCUAGUGCGUGAGGCUUCAAUUUGUGCCUUGAGACAGGAAAUGACCCUGCAGAAUAUUCAAAGCAAGAAAGGAGAAAUCAAGAUUUCCCAUAAACACUUUGAGGAAGCUUUUAGGAAAGUGAAAUCUUCAGUAUCAAAAAAGGAUCAAAUGAUGUACGAAGAACUGCAUCAGUCACUGUGCAGGUGA